GGAUGCAAAACUCGCACUCAAAGCUCUAUUUAUCAAGGGACCAAAUCAAAACCCCCAAACAAUCUUCUUCUUCUUCUUCUUCUUCUUCUUCGGCAGAUUCCGAAAGACAUCACCGUGAAACGCAUAUGUGAGAUAAUCCCACUAAGCUCCAGAGAAUCAUGCUUCCCUUGUCAAAGUCGCAAGAAUCAUUGACGCGAGCCCUUAAAUAAAGCUCUUCGGUCUUUGAAGAUACUCUUCCCAAUCUCCAAAGGCGCCACCUUUUUUACUUUUUUUUUUAAUUUUAUUUUUCCUCUUAUGACAGUCUCAUUGCAUGCAUAUCUCUCUGAAAUGGAAACCUUAUUCCUUUGUUAGUACACCGGUAAUAUUUGCAUUUAUAACUAUUUAAUCCAUUCACUCCCCUAUUCCAUUUCCUGGUCAAGAGAAGCCAAAAAAAAAAAAAAUUCUUUUUUUUUUAUUCUGCACUGAAGUUCUGAGACCCGAGCACAAUGGAAGCCUUAGCGGUGUCCGGUUCGUUCAGGCCGUUAAGGCUCCGCCGCUCUGUCGCCGCCCCCUCCGCCUUUAGCUGCGCCCGCUCGUCCCUGCGAGUUCCCCAACGUUGCCGUCUUUCAUAUCUGCCUUCCUUCAAGUGUUGCGCCGAGUCAUCAAUCUCGGCCGCCGUCGCUGAUAUGGACGAGAUGGCUAAGUUCAAGGAGGCGGCUAAAAUUGGGAACUUGGUGCCCCUUCAUCGCUGCAUAUUCUGUGAUCACCUGACGCCGGUGCUGGCCUACCGCUGCUUGGUGAAGGAGGACGAUCGGGAGGCCCCAAGUUUCCUCUUUGAAUCUGUAGAGCAAGGUUCCAGGAGAACCAAUGUGGGUCGAUAUAGUGUUGUGGGAGCUCAGCCAGCGAUGGAGAUUGUGGCAAAGGAGAAUGCGGUAGUGAUCAUGGAUCAUGAAGAGGGAAAAAUGUCAGAGGAGAUUGUGGAGGACCCAAUGCAGGUGCCUCGGAGGAUCAUGGAGGGCUGGAGCCCGCAGAUAAUUGACAGCCUUCCUGAUGCAUUUUGUGGUGGAUGGGUGGGCUACUUCUCAUAUGAUACUGUGCGAUAUGUAGAAAAAAAGAAGCUUCCUUUCUCCAGUACACCUGUGGAUGAUAGGAACCUCCCAGAUGUUCACCUAGGUCUGUACAAUGACGUUGUAGUGUUUGAUCACGUGGAAAAGAAAGCAUAUGUCAUUCAUUGGGUGCGUCUAAGUCAGUAUUCCUCUAUUGAGGAAGCCUAUGUUGAUGGGCGGAAUCGAUUGGACAAGUUUCUGUCAAGGGUACACAAUGUUGAUGUUCCAAGACUUUCUGCUGGAUCAGUGAAAUUGCGAACUCAACUCUUUGGUAGUUCAUUGAAAAUGUCAACAAUGACAAGUGAAGCAUAUCAGAAGGCUGUUUUGCAGGCAAAAGAACACAUUCUAGCAGGAGAUAUUUUCCAGAUUGUCUUGAGCCAGCGUUUUGAACGUCGUACUUUCGCAGAUCCAUUUGAAGUGUAUAGAGCUCUAAGAAUUGUGAAUCCUAGUCCUUAUAUGGCUUAUUUGCAGGCUAGAGGAUGCAUUCUUGUGGCAUCUAGUCCUGAAAUUCUUACUCGUGUAAAGCAGAGGAAGAUUGUCAACAGGCCACUAGCUGGAACAGAAAGGAGGGGUAAGACAAAGGAGGAAGAUCAGAUGCUAGAAAAGAAGCUACUAAAUGAUGAGAAGCAAUGUGCUGAGCAUGUCAUGCUUGUAGAUUUGGGACGCAAUGAUGUCGGAAGGGUCUCAAAGCCUGGUUCUGUGAAGGUUGAAAGGCUAAUGGAAAUUGAAAGAUACUCUCAUGUGAUGCACAUCAGUUCCACGGUGACAGGCGAGUUAUUUGAUCACCUGACAUGCUGGGAUGCUCUUCGUGCUGCAUUGCCUGUUGGCACAGUCAGUGGAGCUCCAAAGGUAAAGGCCAUGGAGUUAAUAGAUCAGAUGGAGGUAACCAGGCGAGGGCCAUACAGCGGUGGAUUUGGCGGGAUAUCGUUUUCAGGAGAUAUGGACAUCGCACUGGCCUUAAGAACCAUGGUUUUCCCGACUGGAACCCGGUACAACACAAUGUAUUCAUACAAAGACAUGAACCGCCGGCAGGAAUGGGUGGCACAUCUCCAGGCCGGUGCAGGGAUUGUUGCUGACAGUAAUCCAGAAUUGGAGCAGAGGGAGUGUGAAAACAAGGCUGCUGGUCUUGCCCGUGCUAUCGAUCUUGCAGAAUCUACUUUCCUUGAGUAGUCUCUGCUCCAGACCUUAAACCAAGGAUAGCUUAAUUUGGCUAUUCUUCUUUGUCCUUGUUUAAUGCUUAUGCUUCCAGCAUCUGCUCUUGUUCUCUGGUAAAUUAUCUCAGUGACAAGUUACUUGCCUAACAAUAAAAGACUAAAUAAUACAAUUUGGUUAUUCGGAUUAAGAGUA